CUUCAGCUCAAGGUCGACUGCGGCACAGAGGAGAGAGCGCACAGUGUAAUGUGUCAGGAUUUUGUUACCAGGAAGUGGGUCGAGUUAUUUAUAUUUCAACAGUCGCCCUCUCGUACCCAAGGGAGAAGUGUUAGUAACCUGAGACGAUAUAUUCAAGCAUCGUCUGGAUCAGGUCGUAUCGAAGGGAGAGAAAACAAUCAAGUCCACGUUCAGGAACGAUGAGGACGAGAAGAGAAAAUCUGCAAAUGAAAGUCAUGUAAAGAAUGUGAGGAAGAAUAAGCAUGUGAAGGAUUCAACAUACGUGAGGUGUUGAGAUGAAGCUCCAUGAGAAGAUUUUGACCCAUUAUCUAUCGUGCACGUCUCCUGUAGAUAAAGAAGGAUAUCUCUACAAAAAGAAAGAGCGCAAUGCCAGCUACCAGCGGCGGUGGUUCGUCCUGAAAGCAAACCUGCUCUUCUACCAGGAGCGUCCGGCUGACCGGCACCUGCUGGGGGUCGUCGUGCUGGAGGGGUGCGCGGUGAGACGCUCCGAGAGUGAUGGACAGUUUGCCUUUUCCCUGGUGUUUGAAGGGCCCGGACUGAAAACGUACAGAUUUGCAGCAGUGGAUCGUCAGAGUCAUGAGAGCUGGGUGAAAGCCCUGCUGUCGGCCAGUCACUGUUACCUGUCCCUGCUGGUGAGAGACCUGAGCAGCCAGUAUGAAGAGGCUAAACAGCAGCAAUGCUCCGGUGAACCCCAUCUCCGCUCCUCUGCUCUAAAACCGUCCAGUACCAGCUUCCUCUUCCCUGUGCAGGGGCCGACAGCAGCAGUGAGAGAGGGCCGAAGCUUCAGUGCCAGCAGUGUUUCACAAACACCUUCAAUACCCAACCCAAAAGUGGCAGCUAAAAAGUCCCCGAAACCUUGGUCCAGGAGAAACGCUCUCGUCACGCCGCUCAAUGGGCCGGCGCCUUGCCAUGGUGAAUGGCCUUUGGUGGGUCUUGAUCCACUCGAGGACUUCAGCAAACUUCACGACUAUUAUGGCCAAGAGGUGAGGAAAGCAAGAGAGGAAUGGCUGAGGAGUCGACAGGCCGCCGGAGAGGAUGGAGAUCUCAUCGACCUGGAGUCAAAAAGUAGAAGUGACAGUGAAGAAACUCUGAGAGGAACUGAGAUGUUUAUCAAAGACGAACUGAAACCUCCAACUUCGAGUCCGAGUCUCCACAGACACCUGUAGAUAUGCUCAGUCUCACGUUUCCCUUCUAAGACAGAUUCAUUAUAAUUUGUGUGAGCAAUGAUGAAGCCCUAGAGUCCAUGGGAUUAACUAAGAAACAAACAGAAACAUCUAAAGACACAUUCUCCUCACAGCAGUUUGACUUAUCACAGUUGGAAAAGUUACUCAAAACAUUAUUAUUAUUGUCUGUUCUCAUAAAGUGUCAGCUUUUAACCAAGACCAGGAUCUGAAAGUGAAACAUUUACAACAACAGUUAAAUACUCACAAAUGAUACACUUCAUUUCAUCCAUGUAUUAUGGGACCGUUUAAUAGUGUUGAAUAAUUUCAUAGCAUGAAACAAUACAAUUUGUAUUUGAAUCUCUCAACUAACUGAACAGGGUCUAAGAUAUUGAUACACAAUUUUUAUCUCUAACAAAAAAAAGUAUUCGUCUACUUCUGCUGUUUGAGUAUUAACCUUGUUAAAGGCAGAGUGACGCCAAAUACAAAUACAUAAAUGUACUCUGGAAGUUUUUUUUCAUCUCAUAUAAAGUGAAAAUACAGUAAAAGCUGGGAUGUUACUUUCCACCUCACUGAGCUUUGCUAGUGUGACAUGAUAGAGUCAGUGGAGGAAUGCGACCAGCAGAUGGCGCCGCAGAUUCACUGAGCUGUCACUGUAGUGAGAGUUUAAUCCCUUGUGAUUGAUUUAGAAAUUAUGGACAUUCGUUUUCAGGUGUUUGUUUAUAGGUAUUUAUAGGCAGUAAUAUUCAAUAGACAGAAAGAGUUGUUUUGGAAAAUUGUGUGCCUUUAAAUUAAGUUAUCCACUAAUUUCCUGGGCUCAUUACAGCACGUGUCAUUUCUCUUAAAUCCACUGUUAACAGGACAAAGCAACAUUCUCAGUAACAUGCACAUAGUAGGGUGUUGUUUUGAUGCAUAGUUGUUUUUCACUAAGCUGUUUAUUCGGCUGCCGUUCCUCUUUCAAGUUCAAUCCCACCACAUUGAAAAAACAGUCCGAGCUGAUAAGUGACUUGAAGAUUUACUGUGGGCCCAUUGUUGGGACACCUUCCUGGAGGGACUCAAAUAACAAAACAUAUAACGUUACAACAGGAACUCUGAGGUCCUCCGGCAUAGGUCAAGCUGAGAGCUUCUCCACAUUCCAGCCCUAGAGACAGACAUACCGAUCAUGUAAAAAAUGAUAGAUGGCUGCAAAGUAGCAUGGCAGGAGGUUUUGCAUUACAGCCAGGGCCCCCUUGCAAUGUACACACAUCUGUAUGGGAACACUUCCCCUGCAUAGCAGCCUGUUAAGACAUCGUAAAAAGAGACCAUUCUUAUAAGUGUUUAACACGACUGGUACGUCUGGAACGUAGACAAGCUCUCAGCCUCACCUAUGAGGACUUCAUACUUGGGACGUGGGAAGGCACUAAAUCUUACGUACAUUAGGAAACCUUGAAGUACGAAGUGACUCCCGACUGUGUUCAAUAAGAGUAAGUAGGAGAUUCAAGUGAAACUGUUCCCCAAUUCAAACUGUUCCCUUAAAUUCAAUCAGGCUGCAUCUAAUUCGAUUUUAUUGGCUAUUUUAUUCUAUUUUUCAUACUUUCACAGGUUCUCCUGUCUACCUCAUUUAGAUUAUCUGCUUCU